GUCACGUUCAGACCCGUACGUGCUUUUACGUUCCGCAGACACGCGCAAUGAUAGCCGGAAGCAUCGAUGGGAGGAAAAUAAAAAUCGAUUAAAACCACUGUAAUUCGCGAGUGUAAAACCUCUCACUUUGUCCUUUUUCCGCGACCGUAGGCUCGAAUUGAUUGGCCUCUAACGCUGCCACUGAGACGGAGGGGACGGCAGAGAGCAGAAGAGCUGCUCCGUUUGAAACCAAGUUGCUCGGGUAAGAGGGUUUAGCUGACGUGUGGAGAAGUUGAGACUGCCAGAGAGCAGAUAAACAAACAUAAACACGCAGGGAUCAGCUGAGCGCCCGUUUCCGAACCGAGCCAGCAGCGCGGAGAGAUGUCAGGGGGAGCGAGUUUGCUCUUCUGCGCCCGAGAAUGAUCCGCAGGAGACGGUGACUUCACACUGACACUAGCUCCAUGUCAACUGUCAACACUGGCACACAAAGAAUCUCGGAAACACAACACGAGGACCAGCCAUAGGCAUUAGCAGAAAACCCACUGCUCCUGCCACUGUCUCUUUGUCAACACAUAGCCAGGCUAGCAUGGACAACCAAUGACUUUACCCUCCAGUUUUCAGCUGUAACGAAACGAGUACCUAUUACAGUGCAAGGAGACAGAGAAGUGGGAUUAACAUGGCCCACCAGGCAACCCCUAGUUCCCAGAAGGCCCUGAUGAUGGAGCUGAAGUCUCUGCAGGAGCAGCCAGUGGAGGGUUUCCGCAUCACACUGGUGGAGGAGUCUGACCUCUACAACUGGGAAGUGGCCAUCUUCGGGCCCCCCAACACCCUGUAUGAGGGAGGCUACUUUAAGGCUCACAUCAAGUUCCCAGUUGACUACCCGUACUCCCCACCAACCUUCCGCUUCCUCACCAAGAUGUGGCACCCCAACAUCUAUGAGAACGGGGAUGUGUGCAUUUCCAUCCUGCACCCUCCUGUCGAUGACCCUCAGAGCGGGGAGCUGCCCUCUGAAAGGUGGAACCCCACACAGAACGUCAGAACCAUCCUGCUUAGUGUCAUCUCUCUGCUCAAUGAGCCCAACACCUUCUCCCCGGCCAAUGUGGACGCCUCUGUCAUGUUUCGUAAAUGGAGGGACAGCAAAGGCAAGGACAAGGAGUAUGCAGAGAUUAUCAGGAAACAGGUGAUGUCAACGGCGGCGGAGGCUGAGCGCGAUGGCGUCAAGGUGCCCACCACAUUGGCGGAGUACUGCGUCCAGACCAGGGUCCCCUCCCAGGACAGCAGUUCAGACCUUCUCUACGAUGAUCUCUAUGAUGACGACAUGGAGGAGGAGGACGAGGAGGACGAUGAGAGCGAGAUGGAGUCCAUAGGUGAAGCGGGGGGGAUCAGCGCCGUGGAGGACGGUGGGACGUCCACCAGACAUUACGACAACCAGGACGACUCUGGCAACGAAGACUCAUGAUGAUCUGGAUGAUAACUGCUCCUUGCCAACUCCCCCCGCCACCCUCCUCCUUUUAUGUGUUACUUUCUGUGUGUGUGUGUAUGUGUGUGCGUGCGUGUGUGUGUGUUUGUAUGUGCACAUACAGUGGGGUCAAAAGUCUACUGCCAAAAACUUUUCAUCAUUUAUUAAACUAAUACAAAUGACUUGUCAAAUAACAGCUCUCAAUACUAUCAUAUAAGUUUUCAGCUAAAGUUUGUUGGUACUGUUUUCACUGAAAGUCAGAUUUGGUGUUUCCACCAUUUGCCUUAAUUACAGCUUGCACUCUGUCUGGCAACAAACAUUUUGCAGAGUUUGAGAAUUGAAAUUAUUCCAGCAAUGUUUAAGAGCACCCAGAGAGUUUUUAAAUAGUCGCAUUGAUGAGGAUCGAUGGCACGCAUUUGCAGAACAGAGCGGUAUUUCUGUAGAGACGUGUUGCGCCGUUGUCUUCGUAUUGUACUUUCAUGCAACCAGCUCCUCAUCCUAUUCUGCAAGUUGUUUGGUUGCCACCAUGAGGUUGAAACAAAAGUUUCUUCGAGUCUAGAGCAGUAAAAUGUCAGUAUUGUUCAGUCCACACUAAAUCAUCAGGACUCGUUUCAUUGAAGAAGUGGUUUCCUACAGUUUGUUGGUCUUUUAACUAUAGUUUAGUCAGAAUAGGACUUCAUUUGUUCCACUGGCUUUGUCUGUUGGAUGCAGAUGCAGUUCUGUCUCGUAAACAUGCCAGCUUUAUGCUCUGGUAUUCAGUUGGUGCCAUCUCUGUCCUGGUUUGGUUGAAAAUUUCCUGAUUUUUGUUUGUUUGUUUGUUUGUUUUCAAAAUCUUUCCAGCCUGCAUUUUACAGCCCUCUAAAAAUAAUAUGGCUGCUUUGCAAAAUUCUUUUGAUAGACAAAUUUUCAGGCAUAAACAGUAAUCAUAAUAACUAUUAACAGUGUAGAAGGAGCAUACAUGGGUUCAUAUUUGAAUGAUACUUUACACAAGGCAAAACAACAUUUUUAGAAAAUCUUCCCAUCACUUGUUUCCUACAGCAGUAUUACAGUUACUUUCAAGCACUUUCCAAAGAUAAAAAAAAUACUUUUAUCAGUUAUUAGUAAUGUAUUGUUUUGAAAACCAUCAGCUAAGUAAAUAAAUUGUCUUAGUUUUUGAUAAAUGAUGAAAACAAACUGUCCUUGUGGUGGUCUCUUGAACCCCACUGUCGCUGGUCAGCUCUUUGUCUGGCGAGUCAACCUCGGUAUUGUAUGGUUUUGUGUUAAAAGACUCGCUCUAUCCACCAUGUCUUUCCUUGUCUCCUUUAUGUUUUUUUUAAAUGUUUAUUUAGUUGACAUUUUGUCCUCCUCGACUUGUGUCUUGUAUUUUCUGGGCUGGUGCAGACAGUCUGGCUAAUGGAUGAUUUAGUUUGGCUCAUUAACCAGGCGAUGAGCUGGCCGGCUUGUCCUGUCACCGUCCCAUGGCAGAAUACCUCUGUCCUGCUCACGCCUGUCUGUUCGACUUUGAUGCAAUCAACUUAAGACUUGCAAACCCAGGCUCUGCCGUGACUCACUCCACCCUCUUGGACCCACCUUCAGUAGUGUCCAUCACAACUGCUCCCUUCACCAUCCCUCAAAGUAAACUCAUUAGGUUGGGGGUCAACAAGGUGAAGACCUUUUCUACCGUCGCCUCCUACACCUCUCUCUGCCUCUUAAACCUCAGGGCCUCAACAAGACUUUCACUGAGAGAGAAAAAAACAGUAAAAAUAGAAACUUAACACACAAACUGCUCCUCACCUCCAUUUUAUUUCUGAUUUUCUCUAUCACUGGUGUUAUUAGAGGGCAGAGAGUGACCUGAAAGUCUCUAAUCUCACCGCCAGCAGAGUGUUGCUGUUGGUCCUGAUAAGAGUCCUUUUAAGUUGUUUCCUUCUUGGUAGGUUAGACUCAAAUGGAAAAACAAAAAAAUCUAAAUAUGAACUAAUGACUUUCUCCUCCAGACAAUGCUCACAUUAUGUUGCUAUAGAUGUGAAAAUGUUACAUUUUUGCGCUGUGACUCCAACUUACGCUUAAUGCAACUUAGUGAAAAUUGGACGUUGUUACUGUGCUACACCACAUCCAGAGUAUGUUUAUCGACAGGGACAAAAUCAACAUGCAGCUUAGCUACACAUUAGCAUUUGAAUGAAUAUGACACUGAUUGCCUGUUAUCUGUGUGUGUGUGUGUGUGUGUGUGUGUGUGUUUGCGUGUGUGUUUGCGUGUGUGCGUGUAUAGUUACAUUUCCUAUUCAUCUAUUGACUACAGUGUCUCUGUGGAAUCAGUGCAGACUUCUGUCACUAGAGUGAUUUUUGCCCAAAUGACCUUUUGGACUUUGUCCAGUUGAGAAAACAUUCAAUGUGUGUUUGCACUGUGCUGUUUUGGGAGGUCUGAACUUGCUGAGGAUUUGACUGAUAAAAAAAAAAACACCCUCUGAGUAUUAAACUUUUGAACACACAGAGCCGCAUAAUGUGACUAAUAUUACUUGUGUGGCAUCAAGUAAACCAUGAGUUCACACGUUAGAGAUGCGUUUUAUGGUUGUUGGUGUGAAUCUGUUGACUUGUUCAACACAACAGCACACCGGACAAAGCUUUUGAUUCCAAUGGAUGGAUUUUAUGCCAAGGAAACCAAGUACAACCCAACAACCAUUAAUUUUAAAGACUAUGGAGCAAUGGAUGCAUGUAAAGGAUUUUCAAGCUGAAACUCUUUAAGAGAUGCGUUUUGCAUUUUAAUGUGAAGCCAAAGGAGUGAAACUUUCCCCCUAGACCCUUUGCUUUGGAAACCCACAGAGACUGAAUUCUGUUGAGGAUGCGGAGAGACUAAAGGCAAGAGGAAAUCCACUCCUAAACGGGAUCUUUAAAGGAUGUGAUAUCAAGGCACAAUAGGAAGUGGGUAGAUGUCAGAGAUUCUGGACUUGGCUUCAGGUGGUCCCAAUUUUUUUGUCCAUUUCUCACCAUAUAGAAAAUAAGUUAAGUCAUAGUAAGUUAAGAUAAGUACUCAUUUCAUGUGUGUCUGUUAAAUAUGAAGCUGCCACCAGCAGCCAGUUAGCUUAGCUUAGCACAGCAUAUAGACUGGAAGAAGGGAGAAGCAGCUAGCCUUGCUCCAUCCCAAAGUGAACAAAACAGCCUACCAGGACCUCUGAAGCUCACUUAUUAACAUGUUUGACUUGUUUGAGUAGUCUGUACAAAAACUGAAAUGUAAAAGUUACCAUUUGUGAUGGUAUAGGGGCUUACAGGCCGGACUAUUUCUUUGCCAGGAGCAGUGACUUCAGGUUGUCCCUAGUUUGUGUUAUGCUAAGCUAACCGGCUCCUGGCAGUGACUUCAUAUUUAACAGACACACAUGAGAGUGGUAUCAAUCUUUUCAUCUAACUCUCAGCAAGAAAGCAAAUAAGUGUAUUUCCCAAAUAUUGAUUUGUUGCUUUGAAACCAGGUUUUUCCCCACUACAAAUUUGGAAAUCGGAAUCGUCAUUGUUUCUAUUUCUUAGUAAAGUUUAGGUGUAGUGUAGCCUGUAUGAUAGCAAUUGACUGAUGAGAUUAGAGCUCUUCCAUCUUAAAAUCCUCCACUUUUUUUUACUUAAAUGUAUGCCUUGUUUUCCUACUGAGGGCAGAUGGAAAAAAGCUAAGGAGGCCUUUCGAGUAAAUUCCCAAACUCACCUUAAGAAAUUAUUCACUAAAAAGGGCCGCAGUCUAAGAUGUUGAGAUGUUAUUCCAUCCACACUGUUACAUACAAAAAAAAACCCUGAAUGAAAUCAUUUAGUUCAUUUAAUCUGUGUGUGUGAGCAUGUGUGUGCACAAGUGUGUAUUUUUUGAAGUGUGCACUGACGCUGUGAGAUCCUCCUGAGGAUGUCACAAGGUCACACACUUAAUAGACUGACCUGAGUGUGUCCACAGUGCUACCACAAUGUGUCCACACCUGUUAAUGUUAAUGCUGUCCUUGUUGGUUUCUUCUUUGAUUCAUUUUAUUUUCUUCAUCAUUUUGUGUUUGUGAGGAUGCAAAUGUCACUCAUAAAGUUUCUAUUGUUAAAAAAAAAAAAAAAGCAAAAAAAAACAAAACAAAAAACAAAACAUUGUUGGUUUUGUUUGCAGUAUAGCUUUGAUAUCUGUUGCUAAGCCCACAUGUCAUGGAAAAGAGACAACACAGCAAGUUGGUUUUUGGAGUAAAAUUAGAGGAGUGAUAUGCAAACUGAGGAAUACCGUUAUUGUGGUUAAGUUGGAAAAUCAUUCUAAAUAAAACCAGUAUUGAAGCCUGUCA